GAUUUCCGGGAAAAUUUUGAUUUCCGAGAAAAACCAUGUAAAACCCUCAAGGAAAACCAAAAAAAUUGCUUUGUUUUUUGGGGCCCUGUGUUUGCUGGAUCUGUUCUAGGGGUCUCUUUGCUUUUAUGCCAUUGGAUUUAAAUUUCACGAACCCUAAAUCCACGAUUUUUGAGCCAGACUGAAGAACACAACAACCUCUUCUGUCUGAAUCUAAAAAUCAAAAGGGCUUCUUUAUAUCUACUAAAUCUAAAAAUCAAAAGGGCCAGCCGCUUCUCUCACUCGAAGUAUGAAGAAGCCCUUUUCUGAAGUUGCCCUCCAGACGAGAGAAUCCCUAGAAAGGCCCUAUUUUCCUCUGCCACUCGAUCCUCGCAGACUGAAGAACACAACAACCUCUUCCCUAUUCCACUGCAAGCUCCACUUCUCCCCGUAUCUCGCCGGCGCCGAUCAUCUCAGAGCAGUAGAAAUUGAAAUGGGUAUUACACAAGAUCUCCUCAAGGCUGUUGAUCAGUAUCUCUUGGAGUGUUUUGAGAAAGCACAACUUCAUGGACAGACAUCAGGAUCUACACAGCUUCAUGGACAGACAACGUGAGCAAGAUCAAGGAUCAAGUGAAUCCGUUGAGAUCCAAGUUUUUUUCGGCUACCUUUCAAUAUCGGGUGUCCUCUCCUCAGUGAAAUAUCAAGGCAUCAGCAUUUCCCAACUUGAAGAACAUAAAGGGAUUAUAUAUAUUUUUGUUAUUGUUAUUUCAAUCUAUGUUGCAACAAUUAUUGUUGGUAAAAAGCUUGGGCCCAUUCGACUCCUCUCUGCCACAAUUGCCCCAAUCUUACUCUUCUUCAUUUUAGUUCCAGAACACUUGGUUUAUGGGUCAUUCUUGUAGCAAAAUUGGCAUGGGACUAUGAGUUAUGAGUGUGGAUAAUGAGUUGAAUACAUGACUUGCUUGGUGAAGAAGAUAAUGAUAUGGUUGCCGUAAGUAGUCCCAUGCCAAUUUUGCUGCAAGGAUGACCCAUAAACCAAGUGCCGGCCAUCCUAAUUCUGGAACUAAAAUGAAGAAGAGUAAGAUUGGGGCAAUUGUGGCAGAGAGGAGUCGAAUGGGCCCAAGCUUUUUACCAACAAUAAUUGUUGCAACAUAGAUUGAAAUAACAAUAACAAAAAUAUAUAUAAUCCCUUUAUGUUCCUCAAGUAGGGAAAUGUUGAUGCCUUGAUAUUUCACGUCGGAGAUAGGAGCUCAUAUAUGCAACUUUGGAAUUUUGCGGCUUACAAUGGUUUUCCACCACUUUUUCCACUCAUAUGCCGACAUCUAAAUUCACUCUUUGUGGGAACAUAUAUCCAUCAUGUAGGAUGCUCGAUGCCUUAAAUUCUCUAAAUUCAUUUAUCAUCUGCUAAAUGCUUACAUGUUGGUUGUACUUGUAUUUUGUAAGGAAUUAAUAAAUAUAUAUAAUAUUUUUAGUUUCGAA